AUGUUUAGUGAAAUUGGAUACAUAAUUUUUCUUCUGCUCGCCUUCCCAUAUAUUGAAAGCGCAUCUCGGCGGCUCAGCGAAUACGUAGAGCAUUAUGAGCCCCUGGAGUAUGAUGCAGACUUGGUGCACGAGCAACAUAAACGCACACGCCGGUCGACGGACGCUCCCGACCUACGACUCAACUUUCAUGCACAUGGCAUACACUUCAAUAUUCGUUUACGACGCGAUCUGUCAGCCUUCAGUGAAGAUUUCAAAGUGGAGGGAUCUCAAGGGCAAUUACACGACGUCGAUACAUCACACAUAUACAAGGGGGAGCUCGUUGAUGAACCACAGUCGACUGUUUUUGGUUCGGUGACGGACGGUGUGUUCGAGGGGAAGAUCGUGCUGAACGACGGCUCGUACUAUGUGGAGCACGCACGGCGCUACUUCCCACCCAACGGCACACGCACACGGGUCCACUCAGUUAUAUAUCGCGAGGGCGAUGUCGUCGAUCCCUACGCGCAUAGAAGACACGGCCAUGUGGGAGGCUGUGGAGUAACAGAUGAGGUUAUUCAAUGGAUGGAACGUAUACAAAAUUCGGGAGUGGACGAUGAUCCUCCAGUUUCUGCUACUCCUUCACACACUUAUCAUUCACCAGCGCCAAACCAGCCUCACCCAAAUAGUUUAAGGGAUGAUUCAUCCAGACAUUGGGAUUUCCACCAUUACAACAAGUAUUCACGUGGCGCGAACACCGGCGAACACUCACGAUCGCGGCGAGCGGCGCCUGAUGACAAAAUAAGGAAUAUGUGCUCCCUUUACAUACAAACAGAUCCGCUCAUAUGGCGGCAUGUUAGAGAAGGCUUUCCAGACCACAAAGACCCAAAUAAAAAGAACGAAGUGGACAUGAAAACACGUGAAGAGAUCCUAUCACUAAUAUCGCACCACGUGACCGCCGUGAACUACAUAUACAGGGACACGAAAUUCGACGGUCGGAAGGAACACAGGAAUAUACAGUUUGAAGUUCAAAGGAUCAAGAUCGACGACGAUUCAUCAUGCUUCACGCAUCCAUUCGCGUCGGAAACCAACCAGUUUUGCUUGGAGAACAUUGAUGUUUCCAACUUCCUGAAUCUCCAUUCUCUUGGAAACCACGAAGACUUCUGCCUGGCAUACGUGUUCACAUACAGGGAUUUCACUGGAGGCACUCUAGGCUUAGCAUGGGUGGCCAGUGCCAGUGGAGCGUCAGGAGGUAUAUGUGAAAAGUAUAAAACAUACACAGAGACUACCGGUGGAAUGUACCAAAGCACCAAACGCUCCUUGAAUACUGGUAUCAUUACAUUCGUGAACUAUAACAGCAGAGUGCCGCCCAAAGUCAGUCAACUCACUCUCGCGCAUGAAAUCGGACAUAAUUUUGGAUCACCGCACGACUAUCCAUCCGAAUGCCGGCCGGGCGGGCAGCAAGGCAACUACAUAAUGUUCGCGUCGGCCACGUCCGGCGACCGGCCCAACAACAGCCGCUUCUCCGCCUGCUCCGUGGGCAACAUCAGUGCGGUGCUGGACGCUGUGCGCGACGGACGCAAGAAGGACUGCUUCAAGGAGAACGCCGGCGCCUUCUGCGGGAACAAGAUUGUGGAGGUCGGCGAGGAGUGCGACUGCGGUUACAACGAAAACGAGUGUAACGAUCGCUGUUGCUACCCGCGGCAGCUCAGCCCCUUCGACCUCGAGAGAAACAACUCCGCCAAGGGCUGCCACAGACGAGCCAACACUCAAUGCAGUCCGUCGCAGGGGCCGUGCUGCCACGGCGAGACGUGCCAGUUCGUGGCGGCCGCCUACAACCAGACGUGCCGCGAGGCCACCGAGUGCAGCCACGCCUCCUUCUGCUCCGGCCGCUCCGCCGAGUGCCCCGGCCCUCGCGCCAUGGCCAACCACACUAAGUGUAACAAUGGCACACAGCUGUGCAUCAACGGCGAGUGCAGCGGUUCAAUAUGUCUCGCGUGGAAUAUGAAAGAGUGUUUCCUCUCAUCGUCGCCGACGAAGAUCGGUGACGGCGUGACUGCGGUCGUGGACCGGCGCGCGCUGUGCCAGCUGGCGUGCCAGACCGGCAACGACCCGGACACGUGUCGGAGUACCGCGGACUUCGCGGACAAAGUCGGACUGCCGCACGGCGGAAUCAGCCUCAGGCCCGGCUCGCCUUGCGACAACUUUCAGGGCUACUGCGACGUGUUCCUCAAAUGCCGCGCAGUGGACGCGGAGGGCCCGCUGGUGAGGCUCAAGAACCUGCUGCUGAACCGCGCCACGCUGCAGACGCUGCAGGCGUGGGUCACGGAGCAGUGGUGGGCCGUGCUGCUGGGCGGCGUCGCGCUCGUGGUCUGCAUGGGCGCCUUCGUCAAGUGCUGCGCCGUGCACACGCCCUCCUCCAACCCCAAGCGCCCGCCGGCCAGACGGCUGUCUGAGACGCUGCGGCGUCCGAUGAACACGCUGCGGCGCAUGCGCGGCGGCGAGGCGCGGCGCGGCGCGCGGGAGCCGCGCCCGCCGCGCCCCGGCCACCGCCGCACGCGCGCGCACAAGGGGUAUGCGCCGCCCCUCGCCUACGCCGCCAGGGACCUGGCGACAGCUCCAGCAGGACCCAGCGGCCGGCGCGCGGAGCCCUACGCCAACGCGUACCCGCAGUCCUACGAGAUGCGGCCCGCGCAAAAGGUC